GAAAACUGAUCCUCACGAAGGGAGGGAGAGAGAGAGAGAGAGAGAGAGAGGGAGAGCAAUGGCGGGCUUGUUGGCGUGGGCGGCGGACGUGGUGGGUGGCAGCGGGCAGAGUGACGAAGGGGAAGACGACGAACGAAGGUCAGUACCGGCGUUGUUCACGCCGGAGCAGCAGAGUCGCGCGCGGGAACUGGACGACCGCUCGAAGUCGCUGCGGCGCUCGAUCCAAGAUCUACGCCUUAGAAUCCCCCCUGCUCACAUCGCACAGCGCCUUCCCCACCUCCACGCCCACUCCGUUGCUUCCAGCAACGCACUCGCUCUCCAGCUCAACGCCCACUCCACUACCCGCGAGCAGGCACAAUUCCGAGAGGUCACUUUGCUUGAAGAAAAUGCUGCAUAUGAAAAAGCUAUAUCAAAUUGUCAGAAGAAGAUUGAUGAUAAGGUGCAUGAAGCUGAACUGCUUUGCAGUAAACUCAAGGAAUUGGACAUGAUGGAGAAAAUUUUAAAGGACGAGCUGGAAAAAGCACUUGCUGAAAAUAGUCAAUUUGGGAGGUUAUCAGAUAAUAUAAGGAGCAUGCAAGAACCCCAUUUAGAGAGACAACCUUCAAAAAGCAGCAAAGUGAAACAGUUAGAAGACAAGAAACAUGAGCUGAGUUUGAUGGAAGAAAACUUGCAAAGUUUGGAGAACCAAUGGGCAUCAGUUCAACAUGAAUCAGCGAGACAACCUUCUCCAGCUCAACGAGAGAAGUUAUUGGAGAAGCAGCUCCACGGUCUAGUUGAACAGCUUACAGCGAAGCAAGCACAAGCAGAAGGUUUGAUGAGGGAAAUACGGAACAAAGAAAAAGAUUUAGAGAUAUUAAAUGGUUUGCGAAGGAGAGUAGAGAGUGAAACCAUCGAUACUAAUACCACAAGGAACCGAUUCAACAGAGGUUCUUUUGGAACAUUUACAGAUAAUAGUUUUGAACUCCUUCGAAGACCUCUCCAUACAGGUAGCAGAACUGAAAACCAGCAGAAACUAAUGCUUUUGAGGUCUGCUCUGGUUCUUUAUAUUCUCACACUUAAUGUGAUUGUCUUCAUAAAGCUUUCAUUUUGAGAUACACCUUUUAUAUGAUAUCUCUUGUAAUUCAUUUAUAUAGAUAUUACCCGAACUGUUACGUGUUGUUAUAAUGCUAUUUUUUUUUUCCUUUUUCUAAUAGCGUUUAAUUGGGGCUUACUUGGAAGCUGUGAAGUAAACGCAAAAUAGUUAUCUUUCUUGGGUUUUUGGAAACUGUUGUAAUUCAAGAUGACCUAUUUAAUUGUGC